CCCAUGGGGAACAGCCACUGCGUCCCUCAGGCUCCUAGAAGGCUCCGGGCCUCCUUCUCCAGAAAGCCCUCGCUGAAGGGCAGUCGAGAGGAUGGCGCGCGGAAGCUGGCUGGCCUGUUUGGCACCGAGGCCCGUGCUGAGGGGGACACCACCGCCAACAAGAUCUUCUAUUACAUCCCUGGGACGGACGUCCCGGGCCUGGAGAGCCAACGGGAACACCUGGACCAGCCGUUCCUGAGUGUGUUCAAGAAGGGGCGACGCAGGGUGCCCGUGAGGAACCUGGGCAAGGUUGUGCACUACGCCAAGGUCCAGCUGAGAUUCCAGCACAGCCAGGACGUCAGCGACUGCUACCUGGAGCUAUUUCCUUCCCACCUCUACUUCCAGGCCCACGGUUCUGAGGGACUCACUUUCCAGGGGCUGUUGCCGCUGGUGGAGCUGAGCAUCUGCCCGCUGGAGGGGACCGGAGAGCACGCCUUCCAGAUCACAGGCCCGCUGCCCGCGCCCCUUCUGGUGGUCUGCCCCAGCCAGGCCGAGCUGGACCUCUGGCUCUACCACCUGGAAAAGCAGACGGCCCUCCUGGGAGGACCACAGCGCUGCCACUCGGCGCCCCCGCAGGACACCCCCGAGGACGAGCUCCCCUGGAGUCUGCAGCACAGGCUGACCCAGCUGCGGACGGCGGGGCGCCCGGCGGUGGGUGGCGCCCUCUGCGCCUCGAGGGUCAAACUGCAGCACCUGCCGUCGCAGGAGCAGUGGGACCGCCUCCUGGUCCUGUACCCAGCGUCGCUGGCCAUCUUCUCUGAGGAGGCGGACGGGCUCUGCUUUAAGGGGGAGCUUCCACUCAGCGCCAUCCACAUCAACCUGGAGGAGAAGGGGAAGCAGAUCCGCUCCUUCCUGAUCGAAGGCCGCCUCAUCAACACCAUCCGCGUGCUGUGCGCCAGCUACGAGGACUACAGCCACUGGCUGCUCUGCCUGCAGACCGUCUCCCGCAGGGAGGGCGCCCCGCUCCUGCCCGGCCCCGAGAGCCUCCUGGGGCUGCGGGGGCCCGCCCAGGUCCUGGGCAGUGGCCGAGGCUCGCUCUCUUCGGAUGGACAGACCAGCUGGGACUCAGGGUGCCCGGCACCCGCUUCCGCCCGCACCAGCCGCUCCCUCCCUGAGUACUCGGCGCCGUCCACCGCCGGCCCUGCCCCGCCUGCACCCGACCAGGCCAAUUCUGGCUGCACCAGCAUCAGCAGGCAGAAGGCUGAGCUGAGACGGGGCGGCAGCAGCCGGUCCCCCAGAAGCAAGGCCAGGGGUGAGGGGCCCGGCUCAGCUUCCCCACUGCACCUGGACCUGACCAAGGUGACCAGGCUGAGCCUGGAGGGUGGCCCAGAGGCCCCAGACCACUCACUGGAGACACCUCACUCCCCCCUGUACACCGACCCCUACACACCACCUGCCACCUCCCAUCACAAAAUCAGAGAGGUCCAGGGCCUGGACGAGUUCCUCGCCGCGAUGAAGAGCUCCCGCGGACCCAGCCCCUCGAGCCCCUUCCCCUCCGUCCCUGUGUCUGUGCCUGUCUCCGACCCCAGCUCUGCGGCCGCCGGCCCCCACCCGCUCUCCAGAAAGGGAGCCCUGCAGGGCCGGGCUUCUCAGCGGCACCGGGGCUCUGCCAAGGGCCGCGAGCCCCGGCCCCCGGACUCCCCUCAGCUGGUCUCCCCUUCCAGGGAUGUUCCACCUAAGCCCCUGCUGCGCCCCCCAGCAGACGGCGAAUGCCCCCGGAGCUAUGACAACGUCUGGGACAAGCCUCUGUCUCCCCCACACCAGCGGUGGCCCCGUGGAGCGACCGAGGCUGAGGGGGAGCUCACCCAGUGGAUCUGAGGGGCCCUGGGCAGCUGCUUCUCAGGACUACCUGCCAGCGUCAGCCCUGGGGAUCUCCAGCAAGGCCUGGUCGCUGUGGGGCCCCCGGCCAACUACCCGGUCAGGGUCUGACCCCAGGGGUGGAGAGGGUGUCCAGAUCCGAGUUUUCUAGGCUCAGGAGGGGCCGAGAGGACGUCCUCACCCUGAGGACGCCCAAAACCAGUGCAGCUGGACCGCAGGCCAGGGCACCCAGGGGGCCCGAACCCUGGCCUACGCCCGGGGAGAGAGUGAGGGAGGGGGCUUGAUCGAGGCUUCACCUGGGAGUGUAAGAAUGCAGCAGGGGUGAAGGUCAGAGAGCGACGAAAGUUGGGUUCGGGUCAGA